AUGCCACAUUGCGCUGCUUUUGGCUGUAAUUUUCAGUCCAAAGGCAAUAAAGGAAGCGAGGUAAGCCUUCACAGCUUCCCCAAGGAGCCAAAAUUGAGGAUACUUUGGGAGGAUUCAGUUGAAGAAGACGAGCUUCUCAAGGACCCGCGGUUGUUUUCUCGCCAUUUUAGCUCCAACGAGUUCGAGGCCUUUCACCGUCCGCAGCUAAUGAAAGAGCUCGCUGGUGCUUCUGGAUACAAGCGACGGCUAAAACCAGACUCAGUGCCAACAAUUUUUUCUCACAAAAAAACAAAACGCCCGCGAGUGACGAGUGAGAACCGGGUAAAAAGUCGUGAACGACGGGAGGCGUUGGACACGUACCUGGGUCAGCCCGCCUCUCCUUUGACAGCAGCUCCCAACAAUUCACAGCACGACUGCGAGCCCGCAUUGGAGGAGGUAAACACUGCUACAUGGCCUUCAACCCUCCUGACCUCCGUAAGUGUGCAGUGUUUACCGAUCGUGUGUGAUGCCUCCACUCAAACGGAGAUUAGCAUGUCUGAUGCGGCUGUCCAGUAUGAAGCUAAUGCUAAUGUUCAUGUAUCUGCCGCGGACCCCAACUACUCUGGUGAAGGGGACAUCGACUUGGAUGGAGAUGGUGACUGUAACUCAGAAGAUCUGUUUAGUCCUACGCCUGAUGAUUCCAGUGUCAGUCAGCCCCAGUGCAGUCAGUCGGAUCCUGAUUUUGUUGAAAGUUCGUCAUCACAAUUGACUGACUCCCAGAUGUCCACCAACACUCCCACAGCCAGAGUAUUUUUAGUUUUUGAAGAUCAAUUAUUCAGACGAUGUGUCAAGUAUGGGUCUCUAAUUGCUGAAGAAGAUGUCGAACUACAGAACGAAGGUUCCCAGCUGACACUUGAGGUCACAUGUGCUAACAGCUGCAGUUACCGCUGGCGAGCUCAGCCAGCUCUGAGUGGGACCAAAGGGGCCGGGAACCUGCUUCUAACUACAUCCGUGUUCUUCAGUGGCAUCCAUUUUGCAAAGUUUGAGUGGUUUUGCUGUAACAUGAAGCUAAAAUCCAUUAGUGAAGACACGUAG